AAUACUGCACUGUGAAGGAGAGAAGUAUAGCUCUCCACCAGACCCUUGUAUACAUAUAUAAUGUAUACAUGACCCACCAGAAUGCAUUGGUGUAUUUCUAUAUCAAGAAGGACAAAAAUCUUUUGAUCCGAAGGUGUUCGAACAAGUUAUAAAUGCGACUUUAAUUGACUAAUGAGUGUCUCGGGUUGUCUCUUCGGAUAAAAAUAGGCAUUUGAUCAAUCGCGUGCUCUUGUAGUAAUGAAAUAUUAGGAGUUGUGUUAAUAAUUCUUGUUUUGUAUUGGGGUUGGAGUGAGUAUUAGUAAGAGUGUGUGCGGAGGAGUGCAGGGGUCGGGAGGCUGAUGACGUGGGUGUUGUGAGGCCUGCAGGAAGCGACCCAAACACUGCUACAGGGAAGAAGCCAUCGCUGUUUUCCUGGACGAGGGCGACAGCCAUGGCCAGUUUCAACGAGGAUGGGCUGAAGAAGAAGCUGGAUGACCUGAACAUGUCGCAGCAGUCCAUCCAGACGGUGUCGCUGUGGCUCAUCCACCACAAGAAGCACGCCCACACUGUUGUCAAUGUCUGGUAUAGGGAGCUGGUCACUGCAACUGAUUCUCGCAAACUGACAUUCAUGUACCUGGCAAAUGAUGUGAUACAAAACAGUAAGAAGAAAGGCCCAGAGUACAACAAGGAGUUUGGGAACAAACUGGGAAAAGUAUUUGAGCAUCUAGGUGGCCUACGCUUGGACGAAAAAUCUUUGAGGGGCCUCAACAGACUGUUGAACGUGUGGGAGGACCGAGUCGUAUUUGAUGCAGAUCAUAUCAAGACGUUCAAAAAAAAUCUAAAUAAAGGAAAACAGAAGGAGAACACUCCCAAAAAGCGAGAAAUAAGUGAUAAAGGAAAACAGAAGGAGAACACUCCCAAAAAGCGAGAAAUAAGUGGGAAAGUUGAUACGCCAGUUAGCAAAAAGCGACGCGACAGUACCAGUGAAGUGACGACACCCACAACACCUGAACCCAGGGAGCGUAAAGAGAGUGAAGGAGAGCUGAGUCAAUUUGCUGUGUCGCCCCAAUCCUCCACACCACCAUGCGAUCCUCCCGAGCCUGAGCAAUUGAUUGAGGCCCUCCAGGAAUUAGAAAAUGCAGCCACAUCCGAUGCUCUCAUCCGCGAGAAGAUUGCCAAUCUUCCUGAUGAAGUGUCAGAUGUAAACCUUCUUAAUAAACUGCAAGAUCUGGCUGCUGGACGAGCUCUGUGUGAAGAGGUAGAAGAGGCAUUAUCUAUGCUUGAGGCAUAUAACAAACGCCUGUCAGAGGAGAUGGAGGCAAGAAAAGCUGUGGCUCGCAUGCUGCAUGAUUACAUAGCUUACCAAAAGGAUUUGCUAGCACAAGCAGAGGAAACAUUAGAGGAACAUCGACAAAAACAGGGAAAAGUUAAAAAAGUGAGAGAAGAACUAAAGGCUCAUUUGCAAAAUUUGCCAGAUAUAUCCAAACUGCCGAGUAUUAGAAUGGGUGGGCUUGCUCCUCUACCAUCAGCAGGUGACCUAUUCACGUGAUCCACCCACACGCACGACUGAACUCGGCAGUGUUGUGAAUAUUGUGAUAUGAUUGGAUGAACUCUGGAAGGUAGGGAUAUUUUCCUAGUGGUCUGAGAACUCCAUCUUAGUAUCAGCAUUGCAGAGUUUGUCUCCGUGUGUUUAAUGAUCCAUCCUUGAAAAGGACCACAUACAUAUUUCUCGGGGACAAAGAAAACAGUAUGUAAUGUUUAAAUGUAACAAUGACCAUGGUCUGCAUAUUUUUUAUGUUAUUUGAAAAAAAAAAAACUCCUUUGCUACUUCACAGAAAAUGUGCGGUAACCACUCGAGGUAAAACUUUAUUUUUUAAGAUUUUCCUUCUUUCUGUAAUUUAAAAAACUGUGUGUAUAUAAAAACCAUAAAUUUAUAAAUAAAUUGUUCAUUAUUUACACAAAAUUAUGGAAACCAUGAAUGAUUUUUAAGCAUUCAAGAGACUUUAAAAUAUUUGUAUUCAAAAUGGUAGGUUUUGUUGUGUUUAAUUGCCUUAUUUUAUGUUUUGUUUGCAGCUUCCUGUGCAAUAUUUUGAGUGCCUCUUCAAAUUGACUUUAAACUCUACAAUGUUUGAUUAUCAAAGAAAGAUUCCUAUUAAAGAUGGCCAUUUUUAGGACCAAUUUAUUUAUACAGUAUUUUAUUUAGGGUUUGACUACAUAGUAUUGUAACAGUAACCAAGUACUGUACUGUAUUGCUGCUAUUUUCAGGGGUAACCACAGCAAGUUUUCUGCUGGAACCAGUUUUGAUUAAAAAAAAAAAAUUACAAAAUUAAAUAGCUCGCAUUAAUAUAGUAUUAGAUAAAUCAAUUCAAAUGAAUCAUUUGGAUACCUUAAGAGUUUGGUAAUACAGUGUGAAGUUGGAUUAUGGUUUGCUAUUGUUAGGGACAGGAAUCCUGUUAGGAUUA